ACAACAUGGCGGACGUAGAGGAAGAAAAAUACACUUUGAAAUGAUGSCRUAAAACUCUUUYGUUUUGAAGUAAUUUCUCACCAUAAAMCAUAGAGUUUACUAUGACAUUCUCAACAAACGAGCUAUCGUCUUUGUUAAGUAUUUUAUCUGAAGAGUCACUUCUGCAGUCAUCUUUUGAGUCUAUCGCACUCCAACUACACCAUAGUUUCUCUAAAAAUGAUUAUUUCCAGCUUGGAUCGACUAUGGUCCUACUUCUUCAACAGCCGGAUUUAAUUCCUUCUACAAACCAUAGAAUUAUCCUUCUUUUYCUUCUCUAUGAAAUGUAUAAAACAGAGGCUAUUGCCUUGAAUCCUUUUGCCCCUGUUUUUGUCCAGCUUCUGACUCAGAAUMAUGAAUAUGAUAACAAUAAAACAGAGACAGAAACGUUUCCUUUAAUCAGCCAUGCAGAGAAAGCAUUUUUAUAUCAAUUGAUUAAUAACCCUUCAAGAGAUAUUUUUAAGAAAACACCAAAACAAGUUUUAUCUACUGAAUUCCCAAGAUCAGGCCAAAACUUUGAUCUCAGCAGUUUGCAGUUAGCUCUUACGGAAAGGAAUUCCCAGCUAAGUGAAUAUAGCUGUAGUGGAAUUUCUAGUAUCCUAGCGGACCCUGACCWAGACUCUAGCAUAUCAGUUGACUCUUCCACAAUAACAGAGACCAUGGUUACAGGCACUGAUCCACCAUCAAAUAACAGUCUCCGUCCAACAUACGCUAGGGUACCACCUCCUCUUUAUUCCUGUGAAGAUGAGCUUGUCUGGAUGAAUCCAUCAGGGACGGGACCGUCAAUAGAAUGGGACUGUACAAUGUGUGUCACCAAUGGAGCUGGUGGUGAGAUGCGGAGAAUGAUGGCGAAAGCUUUUAAAGGACCUCUUAUUCUUCAUCAGCAACAACAAGUUCUGGGUGAAUUAGAAAAGGACCCUAAAUUAGUGUAUCAUAUAGGAUUAUCACCAGCUAAGCUGCCUGAUUUAGUAGAAAAUAAUCCUUUAGUAGCAAUAGAAGUCCUAUUGAAGCUAAUGCAAUCAAAUCAAUUUACAGAGUAUCUAUCUGUUCUUGUCAAUAUGGAGAUGUCACUUCAUUCAAUGGAAGUUGUCAACAGACUGACCAAUACGGUGGGACUUCCUCAAGAAUUUGUUCAUCUUUAUAUAUCAAACUGUAUUUCAACUUGUGAGAAUUUUAAAGAUAAAUAUAUGCAGAACAGAUUAGUCAGAUUGGUUUGUGUGUUCUUGCAAUCCUUAAUACGAAACAAAAUCAUUGAUGUCAAGGAUUUAUUCAUUGAAGUGCAAGCAUUUUGCAUUGAGUUCAGUCGCAUCCGUGAAGCAGCAAGUCUAUUCCGAUUACUCAAAACUCUAGAUAAUGGAGAAACCAAUUCCCCACCGCCAAAAUAAUCCCAAAAGGACUGGUACUAUAUAGACUAUAUGUACUCCACUUCAAAUAAUGCUUAGAUUUUYUUGUGAUUGGGAUACCUGUGUUGAUACCACAGGUAGCCCACUGGUUAGAAAUGUCUUUAAAGUUGUACACAGAGUUAUAGUUAAAUUUCAGGAAGCCUGAAAAGGUUUUCUGUUAACAGUGUAUUAGAUAUGAAUUUAUGUAAUAAACAAUUUUACAAUUUACAACCA